GCCUGGGACAGUUGAAAGGGACAAAUUCAUAAGUGAUAAAUGGUGCAGAGAGAAAAGAGCCAUGAUGCAGUAAGGUGCUACACCUACGCGCCAGCCUGAGUCUUAUUGGCGAUCCCGUGCGGAGGCAGCUGCAAGCAUACCCCACCCUAUGUACGCCUCUAAUGCAGGCGCCACACGUAUGCGGCAGUCCCUGUCGUAUUGGCGAUCACUUGCGAACGCCGCUGCGAAAAUGCUCAACCCUGUGAACGCUUCUAGUUCAGCCAGUCCAGACGACCCACCCACGGACCAACCCCAGACAGAUAACCAGGCACGUGCGGACGACGAUGAAAACUCACCCGACGUCACGUACGCCAACAUACCAGACGACUCACCUAUGGACCAACCCCAGACUGAUAACCAGGCACGUGCGAACGGCGAUAAAAACACAGCCGAGGCCACGCACGCCAACAUACCAGAUUCCUCUGGGCCUCAGUCUGACGACAGGCACGAAGCAAACAAUCCCGGAUCAGCUGAAACUACUGGGGACAUGCCAGGGGUCAACAGGAAGUCUAAAGUCAGACCCAGCGCCAUGUUAAAGACUCUUUUCUCUGUAAUUAACAUCGUUCUGCGCUGCUGUCUACUGUGCGCUGUUAUCUACCUGGUGACGGUGUCAGAGAGUCAACAAAACCAGCUGACGGCGGAGUACCUGAGGCAGUGGAAGCAGUCAGUCAUCACUAUCGACAAGACAGCCGCAACUCUUGCAAAUGUCUCCGACUGGAUGGAUCGGGUAACUAGCAAAACUAAUGCAUGA